AACCCUAGAACGCCACUCUCCUUCACAGGCAGCGACAGCAGCGGUUUGCUUCGUUCAGAAAUGGCUCCAGCAAAAGCCGAUGCUACGAAGAAAUCUGAUGCAAAGGCCCAGGCCUUGAAGGCAGCCAAGGCAGUGAAAUCACCUGGUGCCUUCAAGAAGAAGGUCAAGAAGAUGCGUACUAAGGUCACUUUCUACCGACCCAAGACAUUGACCAAGGAGAGAACUCCAAAGUAUCCCCGGAUCAGCGCUGCCCCUCGCAACAAGCUCGAUCAGUACCAGAUACUCAAGUAUCCCUUGACCACGGAAUCGGCUAUGAAAAAAAUUGAGGACAACAAUACCCUUGUUUUCAUAGUCGACAUCCGCGCCGACAAGAAGAAGAUCAAGAGUGCGGUGAAGAAGAUGUAUGACAUUCAGACCAAGAAGGUCAACACACUCAUCAGGCCUGAUGGUACGAAGAAGGCAUAUGUGAGACUGACGCCAGACUACGAUGCUUUGGAUGUCGCUAACAAAAUCGGAAUCAUAUAAAGAAGUCGGCCUCCUUUACGUUGCUAUUCAUGAUCUUUGUUUUUGAGACUGGUCAUUCCCGGAAUUUUGUAAGGAUUCCCAGUUACAUUUCCUUUGUUACAGCUCUAGCUAUAUUAUUAGACCGUUUAUCAAACUCCAAAUUUUGUGCUCUUUGAAUGCUUGCCUUGAAAAUGCAUAAUUUUUAGUCA